AUGCCAUUAUACGAAUUACCCACGCCAGUGGUAACUCAUAUCCUUAAGCAAUUGACGUCUCCCUUAGACGUGGGGUGCUUCAUUAACGCCAUUGAGAACGAUGAACGCUACGUCCACCACUACCUCCAAUUGCUCCAACAACAAUUUCAGUUCAUCAAUGGUGCCAGUACUACCUCGGUAGUUGGUCUCGUGUUAAAAGAACACGUUGGCGUGCUUAUUCGGUCGCAAGAGGCUCCUUCAAGACGGUCGCUGGUGUACGCAGCGGUGAUCAUCACCGCUCUUAACGUGGUGCUUGCGUGGUUAUUUACCAAACUUGUUAUCAAUAUGGGCAUUUUCGCUUACCACGGCACCAAGUGGGCGAUGGACACGUUCUACCCCGUGUACGAGUACGGGGGGUGGAAGCUGGUGCUCGCGGUAGUGGUCGGGUUAGUGUCUCUCCCUAUCAUUGAAAUGAUCCGCAUCUCCCGCUACUCAACGUUUUAG